AUGUUCGUAGGAGUCGGCGGCGGCGACGCUGACGCGACCACGGCGCGCGCGGACGAUGAUGAUGGACGUGACAGUGCCGGCAGCACUGAUGGCAGAGAAGAGGGCAAUGGAGAAGCAGGACGUCAUUCGGUAUCAGCUGUUAGCGGUGUAGAUGAGGAGUGGGAUUCGGCUCGCGGUGAGCUACAAGUGAAGAACGGCAGUUACUCGCACAGCCACGGGGUUUCUGUCAGUGCGUAUGCUACGUAUUUCACGUCUUGGGGCAUCGCCGAUCCACUGGUUGGAGCCCAUGUAGACGGCAUACUACAUGUACCAGUUGGUGCAAAGCGCUCGUGCAUCUACGACUAA